AUGGCCUAUCACCCAAUACUGAGAACAGAGUCCUUGCCUUUGUCCCAAAUUGAAAACCUGUUUCAAGCCUCAACAUACCUCGAAGCUCCAUGUCAUGAGGUCAUUUUGGAAAUUACAGUCAAGGAUGGACAGCCUCCACUAUGCAUAAUCUCUGAUGUUUAUAUGGGGGGAGGUGCCUAUGGCACUGCUGCUUAUGUGUCUUUAUGGCAGCAUCUCUCACACAGGUCAACCAAGGAAGACGAGUUUAGCCCUGAUUUGUGCCGAUUCCAUAUUUCCCAACUUCAUCAAUUUCUGAGAGCAGCAGAUGGUACUGAUCCAUGGUCCAGGUUCUUUCAGCCUCAGAUCUCACUUUCUUUAGGCUCUUUUGGAUGGUUGUGCAAUUCAGUUGAAGAUAUUGAACCUUUAGGCUCAGAUAUACUUAGAUAA